GGAGCUGGUGCUGGUCUCGGCCGGGUUCGACGCGGGCCGGGGGGACCCCCUGGGGGGGUGCCUGGUGUCCCCCCAAACCUUCGGCCUCAUGACCCACCUGCUGGGGGCGCUGGCGGGGGGGCGCCUCGUGCUGCUGCUCGAGGGCGGCUACAACCUGGCGGUGACAGCGGAGGGGGUGGGGCAGUGCCUGGGGGUCCUGCUCGGGGACCCCACGCUGCCCCCCCCCGGGACCCCCCAGCCCGCGGCGCUGCGGGCCCUGGGCCGGAGCCUGCGGGCGCAGCGGGGCUGCUGGAGCUGCCUGCGCCUGCCCCGCGUUGAGCCCCCCCCGGAGGCCCCCAAGGAGGGGGAGGGCGGCGAUGACGUCACAGCGGCCGCCGAUGACGUCACGGGGUCUCCGCCCCUGGACGCCGCCAUUCGCCGCCUGGGGGCGCUGCAGAUCGGGGACGGCCCGGGGGGCGGGGCCAAGGCGGGGCUGGGGGCGGAGUCUGAGCCAGGCCCCGCCCCCAGCGAGGCAGCCGCGGCCGCGCCCUGCUGGGAGGAGGAGGAGGAGCUGGAGGAGGGGGCGCUGUUCGCCGUGACGCCCCUGCAGGGCUGUCCCCACCUCGGGGCCGUGGCCCCGCCCCCCGCCGGGGGCGCCCUGGGGACCCUCCUGCCCCCCCCGUGCGGGGUCUGCGGGAGCCGCCGCGAGAACUGGCUGUGCCUGAGCUGCCACCAGGUGCUGUGCGGGCGCUACGUGGGGGGGCACAUGCUGACCCACGGGGGGGCCCAGGGGCACCCGCUGGUGCUGAGCCUGCGCGACCUGGGGGCCUGGUGCUACCCCUGCGGGGGCUACGUCACCCACCCGGUGCUGCUCCCCACCAAGACCUUCAUCUACCGCCUCAAAUUCGGCACUGACCCCCCCUCCUCCUCCCUCUGAGCCCCUCCCCCACCCCUCCCCCCCCACUCUUAAAGGGCUACACCCGUGCCACCCCCCCCCCAUCACCAGCACCCCCAAACCCCCCCCGGGCCAAAGGCUGGGCCGGGCCCGGGGGCGGGGGGAGGGGCAGGGGGGGACACCCCCCCCCAAAGCGCGGGGGGGUCCCGGGGCACGCGGGGGGACCCCGGUUUUGUAUCCCCCCCCCCUUUUGGAGGUUUUAUAAAAUCCCCUUUGUUACGCCGAGACACCAAUAAAGAGACGGGCCA